UGUUUUCAGGUGUUGAAUGGCAUGCUGAAAGAAAUAUGUUCAGCAUUGCUUGAAGCUGAUGUCAAUGUACGUCUUGUUAAACAAUUGAGGGAAAAUGUCAGGUCUAUCAUUGACUUUGAUGAGAUGGCAGGGGGUCUCAACAAGAGGAGGAUGAUACAGUCAGCAGUUUACAAGGAACUUGUCAAGCUUGUUGAUCCAGGGGUAAAAGCAUGGCAGCCAACAAAAGGUAGAAACAAUGUUAUCAUGUUUGUGGGUCUGCAAGGAAGCGGUAAAACUACCACAUGUACAAAGCUUGCAUAUUACUAUCAGAAGAAAGGAUGGAAGACGUGUUUGAUUUGUGCCGAUACAUUCCGUGCCGGAGCCUUUGAUCAGCUCAAACAGAAUGCAACAAAGGCUAGAAUACCAUAUUACGGAAGUUACACUGAAAUAGAUCCAGUUGAGAUUGCUAAAGAUGGUGUUGACAAAUUUAAGUCGGAGAAUUUUGAGAUCAUCAUAGUGGACACCAGUGGUCGUCACAAACAGGAGGAUUCUCUCUUUGAAGAAAUGUUACAAGUGUAUACAACAGUAUCUCCAGACAAUGUUAUAUUCGUUAUGGAUGCCUCUAUAGGACAGGCUUGUGAAGCUCAGGCUAAGGCCUUUAAGGAGAAAGUAGAUGUUGGUUCAGUUAUCAUCACAAAGUUAGACAGUCAUGCUAAAGGUGGUGGAGCGCUUAGUGCAGUUGCAGCAACAAAGAGCCCUGUGAUAUUUAUUGGUACAGGAGAACAUACAGAUGAUUUUGAACCUUUCAAAGUGCAGCCUUUUGUCAGCAAACUUCUAGGUAUGGGAGAUAUAGAAGGGCUGAUAGACAAAGUCAAUGAACUUAAACUAGAUGAUAAUGAAGAGUUAAUGAAGAAAAUCAAACAAGGUCAUUUCACAUUAAGAGACAUGUAUGAACAGUUCCAGAAUAUUAUGAAGAUGGGACCAUUCGGUCAGAUAAUGAACAUGAUUCCCGGCUUCAGUUCAGAUUUUCUCACAAAAGGAGGAGAGCAAGAAUCUAUGGCUAGACUGAAGAAACUCAUGACCAUCAUGGACAGUAUGAGUGAUGAAGAAUUGGACAGUUUAGACGGUGAGAGAUUAUUUACAAAGCAGGCAGGUCGCACUCAGAGAGUGGCACGAGGCGCUGGCGUCUCUGUUAGGGAGGUGAACGAAUUACUCACACAGUACAAGAAGUUUGCUCAGAUGGUGAAGAAGAUGGGUGGAAUUAAGGGAUUGUUCAAAGGUGGUGAUAUGAGUAAGAAUGUUAAUCCAGCACAGAUGGCAAAAUUGAACACACAGAUGGCAAAAAUGAUGGAUCCGAGAGUUUUACAUCAAAUGGGAGGUAUGCAGGGUCUACAGAAUAUGAUGAGACAGUUCCAGCAAGGAGCCGGUGGAAAAGGAGGCGGGGGCAUGGGGAAUAUGUUCGGAUAAUGUAAAAUUGUGUUCUUUAAAAGCAUCAAAAGUAAACCUCCUUUAUAGCCUUCUGAGUGCAGAGAGACUGUCAGAGAAGAACUAGUCAAGUUUCUUUGACAAAGGCUGGAAAAUACUUCAUGACUUUUUUGUGUAAAAUUUAUAAUUAUGGAGGAUUUUACAAAGUAUACUGAAAUCUCCUCAAGUGAAAAUUUUGUUGCAAAUGAGUGAUGAACUGGAAAGCAUGAAAUCAGAAACUUAUUCAUGUUUUUGAACUUUUAUUUGCCAUAGACUUGGCACACAUUGAAUAUACUACAUAUGGAUGUGCCAUUGUGGGUAGUUAUAAAAUGCAGUAACUUUUGACUUUGUAUAAAACAGUUUUGAACAUUAUGUAAUUUCAUUUUGGUUGUCAAUAGCUAGUGCUACAGAAAAUUUCUGCUGUUUUAUAGCAUUGGAAGUUAUGAGAAACUGUGUUUACUUAUGCGGAAAUCACAAAUUUGAUUCAUAAAUCAGAGGAAUUUUAACAAAUUCAAAAUAGAUAUAAAUGCAGGGGAAUAUUGUGUAUUGUUUUACAAAAUAUUGUUAUAAAGUGCAGACUUUGAAUGUUUGUUUAUAUAGAAAGAUGUUUUUGUUCUUCAAAUUGAACAUUUCUUUUGUUGUAAACUGCCAAUAGUUUACUGUAUUAGUUGCCUUUUAGAGACAGAAGUGUUUUGUGACAUUUUGCAGUGUGAAAUGAAGAUAGAAUUCACACAUUGCAACAUAAAAUUAACAUUUCACAUAAAUUCUAAGGAGAGUCUCUGAUAGUUUGCUGGAGGUAUUAUUAUUAUAUGGAAUUGUAAGAAAACACAUUAUUUAUCAUGUUUGUAUAUUCUGUUUUCAUCAUUUGAGUACUUGAAAUAAAAUGAUGCCAAGUCA